UUUAAAAGAAAAGAAACCACACUCUGCAAUCUGCAUACUCUGGUAUUUUCUGUUCCCGGCAAUGGCAAUGGAAAUGGCAAACUCAUGCUCCUCCAUCUUAGGCUCAGGUUUCAAAUGCAUGUACUCUUCUUCUUCUUCUUUGAAGAAUACUAAGACCCUCUCUGAUUUUCGUGGAUUCAAACACACACAUGGUUCAUUCCAAAAAUGCUUACACUUUCCAACACAGAGAAGUUCUAAAAUGGUGGUUGGUCCUACAAGGAUGGUUUCUGAUGCUUAUGUUGGAAGCACCACCACCACCACAAGUAUCGGAUUCAAUAGCAAGAAUUUCACUAAGCUAGAUUCAUGUCUAGUGGUAGCACCUACCCCAUAUCGUUCCAAGCCUAGAGCUAUAAUCAAGUUUUUGGGGGGUGCUUUCAUUGGUGCUAUUCCUGAAGUUACAUAUGGGUACCUAAUAGAGUUUUUGGCAAGAGAAGGUUUUCUUGUGGUGGUGGUGCCUUACUAUGUGACAUUUGACCAUUCUCAAGCUGCCAAACUAGUGUAUGAGAGGUUCAACACUUGUUUGGAUACACUCCUAUCAUCUGGUUUAUCUCAAGCGAAUUUGUCGCCUGCUCAGGUUCAAGACCUUCCACUUUUCUCCGUUGGCCAUAGCAAUGGUGCGCUUCUUCAACUUCUUACAGGAAGCUAUUUUUCCGAGAAAAUACCAAAGGCUAAUGUCAUAAUCUCAUACAACAACAAGCCAGCAACAGUGGCAGUUCCUUACUUUGAGCAGUUGGGACCUGCAGUCAGCCAGAUGAUGCCAGUUGUGGAAGCAACUCCAGGUUAUUCAAUUGCUAGAAAUGCAUCAGGAGAUGCAUGGAAGGUCAUUUUGGAUGCUGUCCGAUCAAUUUUACAGGAAAGUGAGCAGGACGUUCUUAAUUCCUUAGCUAAAUUUAUUGAUCAAUUGCCAUCAGUAAUGAAUGAGGUUACCGAAGGAGUAUCGGAGUUCAAACCGACACCAUCUGAAAACCGUGAUUGCUUUAAAAGUUCCUAUAAUGUUGAGCACACAUUGCUGGUUAAGUUCAAUCUUGACACAAUUGAUGAGACAGAUAUUCUUGAAGAAACGUUAAAGCCUCGUGUCGAUUCUUUCGGUGGAACACUAGAGAAAGUACAAUUGAAUGGUAACCACGUCACACCAUGCAUUCAGGAACCGAGAUGGGAAGUUGGUGAACUGUAUACUCCAGCAGAUGCUGUUGCACAAAUGUUUAUAUCACUGACUUUGAAAGAUACUAGAACCCUUGCAAGAACCAUUAGCAGCUGGUUCAGAAGAUUUGAGAAUUGAAGUGCAAAAGGGGAGACUUGCAUUAAUUGGAUGCAUAAUUACAUAUAAUUAAUUAAUAAUUGGUCUUUAUGUUUAAAGAUGAUUAUUGCUGAAACCUCUACACUCGUAGUUUGUCAUUUAUUAGAAUUGAUGCACAUUUUCAAGUUGGUGAUUUUCUAUCAAAGUUAUCCAUGAUCUUGCUCAAUGUAUUCUAA